UUGGAGAAAUUUGACGACAAGAAAACACAGAUAACCGAGGUGACCAUUUGGAGCUGCGAGACAUGAUCGGUGGAGUCUGUGGUGCAGUUGCGUCGAAGCAGACAUGCUUUUAACCAUCCGAUCGAUACUGUAGUCCGGCUUGGCAUGGUCACGGCCAGCCAUCCGAGCUGAUCCAACGAAGCAAAUCGAAACCUGGUACUUUAUGCGUGGCGACCCGCCUGCCAAACCCCCAUCCAUGUUAACCUUAAACACUCCAACGUUUGACCAAACCCAUGUCAUCCAGCGACCUCCUCCGUUAGAUCGCAUGUCUCCGAAACCAAUCUCCAUCCCAGCCAGGGCUGAAAUGCUGCCUUAUGAUGACGGUAAAUCAACGCGUGUGACCCUGGCAAAAUUCUGGAUCAAUAUAGCCGUGCGAGAUGGUCUGUGUUGGCCAAAACCUGCCAACUCCCCGGCUCAAGGGGAUCUUGCUCAGGUUCCAGGAAAUGUGACUGUUGCUUGCGUUGGUACCCAAUCAGGUCAACACUUUCCCGAGAUAAUGUCUGCUUUCCUCCGUCAGCUCGCUUCACUCCAAGAGAUAAGGUCUCCAGAGUGAAUGCCAGUGAUUUGUCCUAGGAAAACUCGUCACGUCGCAAAGAUUGAUCGAACGAGAGCAACACCGGUGCAUUUCUAUGACUACACCUGUGCUGUACUCUGAAAGGCUUCUCAGCCCGUACUCCAUCCUCUGAACGCCGUAAGUGUGUGCGGAAAAGCCUGUGUGCUUUACCAUAUCCCAUGGUCAAUCAGCUGACAAAGGGAAAAGAAUAAGAGAUGUGGUGAGAGGUAAAAUCGGGUCGCUUUGGGGGUACACAAGCGAUGCAACGAAUGACAUUCGGGUCAUGCUCGACGUGUUGUCAAUAAGCCUCUUCUCGCCUGGGUGAACCCUUUGCCAGGAUUCGGUACGGCAACUGGCCGUUUUGAAGGUCUGCUGCAUCUGCGGUGGACGGCUGUUAACAGCUGCUCCGUCUGCAUGCUGUUUAGUAUUUAUCGGUUGGAGAGUUUUUGCAAGAUUUCGCUAAUUCUCGGACUGCCCCACUGCCUAUUUUUGGUCGAUACGGGAGCCAUACGGAUCCCGACGCAGCGUCUCUGGUGGAGGGCCAUCGAGAAAUGACCGUAUUUUACCUGAGACAUUGUUUUGUGAGCGCGGACGUCGGCCAUCCCAACUGGGUAACGCUGGACGUCGCUUUGAUCGAUCGCAGUCUCGACGCAGAAAAGCUCACGGCAACAGACACACCGGCAGCCAUUUCCCCAGCAAAGUUUAUCCUUCCGGCCGUCAGCAUGUGUCUUGAUCCCAUCUUGGCAUCAGAGAAAAGACUUGUGCAGCGCUAG